GCAAACAACCUGAAACAUCAGAGCGGAAUCACCAGAACUCAACUCAGAUCGCGAAACUUUCUCGACACACCGACCUCACUCUACGCCACAGCUGAGCUACACGAGCUGCCGUCAUGGUGCCAAAGCUGGAGCGCGGGUUCCAGUUCCUCAACUCCGAGCAAGAGAACUCUGUCAUCCUCCGCGCCCUCAUCUCCGUCGUCUCCGGGGACACCGCGGCCGUCGUCCCCACCCUGCUGCACCUCGAGCCGUCCACGCCGCCCUUUGCUGCCGCCGCCGCUCCCGCGUGCGCUAGGUGCGGCGCGAACGGGUGCCUCGGCUGCGACCUCGCCACCGCCGUGGCUCGGACGACCGGCUCGAGCAGCGAGGGCGAGGAGUGCUCUGCCGCCAGCUUCGUAAAGAAUGGCGGUGUGGGCAAGCGGCGUGCGAGGAGGGCGAGCAAGUUCCGCGGCGUGCGGCAGCGGCCGUGGGGGAAGUGGGCGGCGGAGAUCCGCGACCCGCACCGCGCCGUCCGCAAGUGGCUCGGCACCUUCGACACCGCCGCCGAGGCCGCGCGCGCCUACGAUGUCGCCGCGCUCGAGUUCCGCGGCAGCCGCGCCAAGCUCAACUUCCCGGCAGCCGCCGCGGCGUCCUUGCCGGCGUCCGCUUCUGUUUCUUCUUGGGCAGCCAUGCAGCCACAGCCACAGCCACAGCCGCAGCCGCGGUGCUUGCCGGAGAGCCAUCACGAAAACUGUGGUUCAAAUGCGUCGUCUCCCGCGCACGUGCCGCGGCUGCCGGAGCAGGGGACGCCGGUGGCGAGGGAACACGAGAUCUGGGAUGGGCUACACGAGUUCAUGAUGCUGGACGAUGGCAACUUCUGAGCAAGGAAAGAAGGAUCAGUGUGACUGGAAGUAUAUCAAGGAAUUUGAGGUAGAAGAACAAGAAGAAGAAAGGAACAGAAGGAAGCCAGCCGCCGUUCCAUCCGUGAUAUUUCUAGGUGAUUGAUUCGUUGCUUCCGUUCGCCUUUUCCCGCAAGCAAAUGAUUCGAUUCAAAUCAAAGAGACUGAGACAUAUACGAUUGAAAUCAAUCUGAAGCGCACGAACAUCAGAGAACUUCAAACUCGUCUCUAUGCCACGGACGACCCACGAGACCAUGCUCCUCGCAAGUUUUUGCGUUGCCUCCUGUUGUUCUGAAUUCAGUGACAUGUUCGUACUAGCACAGACCCAACUCAGUACUAGCUAGCUAAUGCAUCUGUUUUGAACUUGGAUCAAUUUCUUCGGUGUUUGUUGA